UCUAACAAGCUGCAACCAUGUACAACUGACGUUUUAUGCGAGUCGCAGCUGAUUUCAGUCUUUGUCAAACUAAAGAAAUUUUAUUCUAUAUUAUAUUCUUUCGAUUAAAUGUGUUGUGCGUCCUUAGAUAUUUACUAAAAUGAGGAUAAUUUACGUGGUCACCGUGUGUUUAACAUGUAUUCAAUAUGUUGUUGCGGAUUUUCGAUUGGAAAUCAAGAAUUCCGGUCCAACUGUAGCUGGUGGCAAAAUUCAUUUUGUUGCUGAGCUGUUUGAUGGUGAUAAAAAGGCAGAUGGAAAAUUCCUGUUUGAAUGGCAAGAUAACUCUCUGUUAAGACACCAUAGAGAAAAACAGACAACAGGCUACCGUGACUCAUGGACUGUAAGCUAUCCAAGGGCGGAUUGUCCUCCAGGAGUUUAUGUAAUGCAAGUGAUUGUUAAAAAUUACUGGUUUUUUGUACCUGUGGAGAUAACAUCACUUAGGAUUAAUUUUGAGCUAACAAGUACACUGGGGGGAAGUUUAAAUCUUAUACAAAAUAAUACAGUUCGAUCACAAUAUGUCUCCAACACUACCACUGUUCUGCACAAGGUGCAGUUGUCUUCUUCAGAUAUGGAGUAUUUGAAUACCACUGCAACUCAAAUCUUAUCGUAUUGGUUUGUGGAUUGCGUUUACUACGGCAUUACACAAAACAUGGAGUUUUUAAUGAACUACGCCAAUGUGGAUGAUUCACAUGUGGUUGAAGCAUUCAUAAUUCCAAAUUUUGAUCCGUUUCCAACGGAAGCACCAACAACUACUACAACAACUACUACUACUACUACUACUACUACCACCACAUCUAAGCCUCCUGCAAUAUCAACGACCACUUUGAACCCACGGGGAAUAAAGCUGAAACGAUCCGCGACUGAAUUGAUUACUAAUUUUGAUCCAGUCAGUAUGAAAGAUAUCAUCUAUAAGAAUCUGUCAACAUUCACAAAUAGAACUGUGAAAUACAAUAAUUCGUUCCCUUUCAUUUGCAACAAUCAUACAAUUGUACCAAUACUGUCUGACAUUCCAUAUGGCUAUUUCAAUCGAAAGUUUACAGUCCGUGAUCCAGUUCGAAAUAUUUCUGUGUCGGGAAACAAUUGGAUUCAACGUUCCGAAGUUUUAAAUCUUGAUGUAAAUUGUAAGGGUUCUAGUUCGUUCACUUAUUGUUUCUAUUUUAAAUAUGGUACUUAUAAUGCCACCGGGAAUGAAACUUGUCCUGAGGGUACGACCUACGAAGCACAAAAUUGCAGCUUUACUAUUCAUCGAUAUUUUUAUGAUGACGAAAAGAGAACUGCCGUUAUUAUUAUUAAUAACGAUGUUAGUACUGGUGUAUUUCCAGUUGCAAUUACUGUUUAUAAAGUUAAUAAACAAGCCCAACUAUCGGUCAUCGUGGUGCCAGUUGGUUUUAGUUUGGCUGCAAUCGUUUUGAUAAUUUUUGGAUUAGCCUUCUACGUUCAAAAUAGGCCUAGAUUCUUUGUCGAAGUGGCAGAUUUCAACUUCGGGCAACACUACGACAUGGAAUACAAAACGUUCACGGAACGCUUAAAAGAAUCCUUUACGAAUGCUUUUACAAGGGCAGACACCCCAACUGGAUCAUCGGAAGGUGAUCCUGUAUGGCAUACCAGCGAAAAUAAUUAUGAUAGCAUAUCGUAAACAUCUGAAUUAGAACGCGGUAAUCCAAUCUAAAUUUAUUUCUGAUUAACUUCAUAAUGUGAUAGACUGAAUUUUUCGAAAAUGAUGUGUGUUGAUGCUGAUGAGUGAUACUGGAGCUGGUUGCAAAUGUGAUUUAUUGUAUGAUUAAUCUGAGAUUACUUCAAGUGCUGAAUAAUAUAUACGAAAUUGGUGUGGUAUGUUUUCCAGAUAAAAUUAUUGUUGUAGAAACUAUCUGUUAUACACAUGACAAAGUUUAAAUUGAAUGUUGCCGAGGAAUGCAACGCACUACAUAGAAUUCUAUAUGUGGGAUUAUAUUAAUUGCUUUCUAAACUUAAUUUAGAACAUCUAAACAACCCCAUUAUAUGCCCUGUAUAAUUUAACAUUUAUAAUGUGUUUAUGUAAAUUGCUUUUUAUUAUUUUUAAUUGCUGUUUCUUAUAUUACAUUAAUAAAUUUUAA